AUGUUUGAUCCGGCAGUUGAGACGGAACCAAACUUUGACUUGGACAUUAAAGAAGAUGUUCAGGAGGAGUGUUCAAAAUACGGGAAUUUGAGGCAUAUCUUUGUAGACAAGAAUACCGCUGGUCAUGUGUACUUACGAUUCGAGAACACACAAGCUGCGAUAAAUGCUCAGCAUGUUCUCCAUGGAAGAUGGUUUGCCGGAAAUAUGAUUGAGGCAACGUUCAUGUUGCCCCAGAACUAUGAGGCUAAAUUCAUGGAAAGCAGAUAG